GAUGUAAAUUUUUGUUGGGCAUGCGCGCUUACCUACCGAUAAUUUUUCUGCCCGAAACGGUGAGAUAAUUCUCCAAACGAAAACGUUUGUGUUUCAUCAGUGUUAUAAAUAAAAUAUAUCUUUAAAACAUAUAUGUAAAGUAAAAAGUGAUUAUGCUAUCGUGGUAUAAAGUAAAAAGUGUUGGAAAGGUCAACUAAAAAGGCCGUGCCUGCAGCAUUCCUCAUCUUUACAUUACAAAAUAUUUGCUUAUGACCUUCAUUUUAUCAGACAAAUCCACAGUGCAAAUUAUGCCUUGAUGACUCUGUGAUCUUAGUAACGCUAGUGUAGUGAACGAAGAAAGUGACGCUAUUAUUGUGUGAGUGAGUGAAAUGGUGGUAUGGAUUGAGACUGGUGAUAUUGGUGUUUCCGGAUUACAUUAAAGGGAAACUAAAGAUGUCGCACUACCCCCAGCCAGCGUCCCUAGAGGACGCGCUUCCUCUGCUGGGGAAGCCAGACCUGCGUAUGCGUCAAUUGCUGGGUGAGCGUUUGACGUCGCUCGUCAGACGAGAGGAGAUCACCCACGACAUAGCAGCCCCGUUGCUAGAUUCUCUGGUCGCUUGGCUCAAUGGAGGCAAUUUUAAGGUGGCCCAGAAUGGAUUGGAGGUGAUAGCUGCGAUAGCUGAACGAAUGGGGCAAGAGUUCUCCCCUUAUGUGCCUACAGUAUUGCCUCAUAUUAUAGACAGAUUGGCAGACACGAAGGAGGGUGUACGCGUGGCUGCACGUGCGUGUAUAACCAGCCUGGACGAUUGCAAGGCUGUCGCUCCACGAUCGUUACUCGCACGUCUGACGCCCGCGUUACAACACAAGGCUGCGCAUACACGGGAGGAAGCUCUGAAGUGUAUAGCCGCCUUGCUGCAUACCCAUGGAGCGAGCGAACUCCAACUUCGCUCGUGCAUACCAAAUCUGGCUGCGCUGGUCGGUGACCCGAAUAGCGCUGUGAGAGACGCCGCAGCACAAUUGCUAGUCGAUGUUUAUAGGCAUGUGGGUGAACGACUAAGGCAAGAUUUAAAGAAAAAAGAACUGUUGCCAGCUCAGAAGUUGGCACUACUGGAACAGAAGUUUGACGAGGCCAGGGAAGCUGGCUUGCUGUUACCCUCAGCAAACGCGGUUACAGAUGAGACUGACUUCGUAUCACGGACAGUGAAACGUACAAUGACAAUACCUACGAGCAGAAGUAGGGAUGGGGACAGUGGUGCCUCAACACCAGCAUGUGAAGUGAAGCGAACAGUGGGCGGUUUAUACAACUUAUCAAGUCGAAAGCCACCAGUGAAACUGACAAGUGCGUCUAGUGUCUCGAGCGCAGCGAGCAAUUCAGGUGAAGCUGGUGCCGUUUCGUGCGAAGCGUUUGAAGCUGCUUUUGCCCAUAUUGCCCCAGCUGCUGUCUAUGGGGCAAGGGGCUUGGAGGAUCUGUUCCGACACGCGGCUGCUUUAUUGGGGGACAGAGGGGCAGAUUGGGAGAAAAGGGUUGAUGCUUUGAAGAAAAUCCGUUCGUUGCUCGUUGCGAACGCGCACGUUCAGUAUCCGACUGAAUUCGCUGCACACCUGAAGGAACUGUCCGUGCCGUUUCUGGUUGUUAUCAAGGAUUUGAGGAGUCAGGUCGUAAGGGAAGCGUGUAUAACAAUAGCUCACAUGGCGAAGCUGUUGAAGAACAAAUUGGAUCAGUUCUGUCUUUAUAUAUUGCAAGAGGUUAUCAAUCUCAUACAAAAUGCGGCCAAGGUGGUGUCUUCGGCGGGCACAAUAUGUGUACGUUACAUAGUAAUAUAUGUUCAUUCGCCGAGGCUCGUCCCAGUGAUAACGACAAAUCUCACUACCAAUAAGUCAAAGGAGAUACGUUCUACGCUAAGCGAGGUCCUAGUGCUUCUGCUAGACAAGUGGUCCCCGGUGGCAAUAGAGAAGCAGCAUCAGGCCAUCAGUGAGGCCAUUAAGAAGGCGUGUGUGGAUGCCGAUAGUACGGCGAGGAAUCAUGGACGAAGAGCGUACUGGGCGUACAAGAAACAUUUUCCAUCGGACGCCGAGCAAUUGUUCUUGAAGUUGGAUUCGGCUGCGCAGAAGCAGAUCGAACGAGAGAGGGUUGGGAGUGUCGAUAGUUUGCAACAUAUUGGAACCGAAAGAAGAGCCCUAACUAGCCCCAGGAGUCCAUCAGCGAGUGUUUCUGCAUCCACGGAGAACUUGUCAGCUUGUCGAAGUAAUUCAUUGAGGCGAAGACGCGCCUCGCAGGAGCGACCUCCAGUGUCUCAUAUACCAGUGUCUGCUAGAGCCGGCGUAGCAGCGAGGUCGGUAAGCGCUGUAGACGCAGCGGCAGCUCAGCGGGCCAAAGCGAGGGCCGUGUAUUCGCAUCUUGCGAGGAAUAAAGUCGCCGCCGGGACUGCUAGCCUACCUCGCGCCAAACGCUCCCCGGUGAGUGGGACAGUGGCCCCGAGUCCUGAGAGGACGGUCCGAUCUCGAUCCAGGCCUGGCGUUUCUCAGUCACAACCAACGUCGCGGUCUUCCUCACCGUCUUCCAGAAGUGGCCCAGUAUCAUUAAACACGAGGAGGCGUCCUUCUGGUAUACCACGCUCUUUGGCUGGCUCCAGGGAGACCAGUCCCACAAGAACUGUAAGAUCGAACAGCGUGGUGAGUGCGGUCCGAAGACAGUCAAUGGAGAGGUCCCAAAGACCUCCCACGACCACCCUUCGCCUGCUGCAGCAAUCAAGGGACGCGGAGGCUUCUUUGAGGAGCCCGGAAGAUGUUUCCGCGUACGAAAAAAGAGAUGACGAUUCUGAAGCGUCAAGUGUGUGUUCGGAAAGGAGUUUGGACUCCUAUAGGAGGCAUGAUAGCCUGACCUGGUCUUCCCAACGUCUGGGAUGGGAUUCUUCGCCCCCUCCACCCCCGUCGCCUGAUAACAUUAUCGCCCUGUGUGCGUGUACGCACUGGACCGAACGCAAGGACGGACUCACACAUCUCGCUAAGUACCUGAAUAGCGGGAUGCUGCUCAACGAAGAGCAGUUAAAAAGGUUGACGGAACUUCUGAACAAGAUGUUCGUUGACGCACACACAAAAGUCUUCUCGCUGCUGUUGGACGCUGUCUGUGAACUAUUGCUGGUCCACGCCCAGCAUCUGAAAGACUGGCUCUAUCAGCUCAUGUUAAAAUUACUAACAAAACUUGGUACGGACAUACUGGGAUCGGUCCAAAGCAAAAUCAUGAAGACUUUGGAUGUCAUACACGAGUAUUAUCCAGCUGAGCUGCAAUUCUAUAAUAUAUUCAGGUUCCUAGCAGAUAGCGCGACAGCUCCAACGGCAAAGUCGAAAGCGGCGGCUCUGAAGUUUUUGACGGAUUUAGCGGAAGAAUUCUGUACGCCUAAUAGCUUGGCUGUGGCAUUACAAGGUGGCAGCACUAGUGUGGCUAGUCGGGCUAUAAUCAAGGUAGCGAUCUUGGCGAACGAUUCCAGGUCUGCAGAUGUUCGGAUCAUGGCAAGACGAGCCGUCGUGGCCCUGUACGAACGUGGUCCUGUGCCUUUUACAGCGUUCACGAAUGAAUUGCCGGCUGAUACGCAAGCAAUGAUUAAUGGGGUGUUACAACAACACAUGAAAAGGACUUCUAGCACGGGUAACGAUAGCCCAAUGCGUACUUUGAGCACAGUUUCCAACCCGGCCAACGCGGAGGACGUGUAUUCAAGGAUUAGGAAGACAACCUCCGAGAUACACACAUACACCGCGCAGCAUUCUAACGCGGAUUGCGGCAAUCACAUGUCCAGCAAGGACUCUGGAAUCAGCCAAAUGUCGGAUGCCACGUCAUCGGCGAGAGGACCGAAUGUCCCCAACGGACAUUAUACCGGUGAUAUAGGCCGCGCCGCAUCGGCAGAUAGCUCUGAAGAGGCGAAUAGCACGAAGGAGUCGUCGCCUAUUCCUCAUAGGGAUUGUACGCAUGGUCACGGAGACUACAGUCAAGCGAAUAUGGCCAGAGACAAGAUGAAGCCAUACGAAAUGGACGAGGACGGUCUUAUAAUAACAAAAGUCGGUCUCCGGGAGACGGAGGUGCUGGAGGCGUUGAGCAAAGUGGACUUGUCCAAGGAUCCGGCUGAAUAUUACGAGAGGCUGUUCCUCGCCACCCAUGAGAUCCUCAAAUACGGCGAGUGCAAGAAGCCAUGCGAAUAUUUCAAAAACAUUCUGAGAGUGUCUUUGGCGGCUAUUUCAACUGAGGAAAACGUUGCAGACAAAGAGAAUUCGGAUAAUGCGACAUAUCAGUCAGGAUGGGCAACCGCCCAUGACCGAACCGUCGCCGAAGCAGUGAAGGUCCUCAUCUGGUUGUGUCGUAGACCAGAGACACGCCCGCAAUGGCUGAACUAUUUUGAUCUGAUUCUGCUAAAGUUAAUCAACGCGUAUGGAGCUCAUAGUAAGGAGGUCAUGAGGGCCAUAGACAAUGGGAUGCCGUACAUCGCUGCUGCGUUGCCGGCCCAGCAGGUUCUAGCCCUCUUACAACCAGUUAUAAGAACCAAAGGAUACCCUUCAUCACUGUGCGCUCUGAAGUUAGCCGCGGAAGUUGCGAAGGCUCGAAAUUCCGAACUAACGGAUGAAAUCGUUUCGCCUAUAAUGGAGGGCGUAGGACAGCUGGCUGACCACCAAAACUCAGCCGUGCGCAAAGCGGCCAUCUUCAGCAUGGUGGCGUUCACAUUCGCACUCGGCAAAGAGAGAAUGCAGCCUUAUUACAAAUAUCUAUCUGUUAGCAAGCUGCGGUUAUUAGAUGUAUACAUAAACAAGCAAAAGGAAGAUGCGACAAAAGGCGGUGGGUCGUAGCGACGGCAGAGGCUGGCCACGCGCGCCACGCAGACCGACAUGUGACUCGGUUGACGUCAGGUGACCUUUAAUGACCAGGCCCGACCUUCAUGACCAUGCGUUGCAAUUUAACAUGCUAAUUACCACAUAAUCUAAUUUGAUUUAACCCAAUGUUAUACCACUUAUUUUAUUUAAUAUAAGAUUUUAAUAAAUUGACACUUGCGUUUACCCGCUUUGGUAAUUAAAAUUAUGUAAGGUUAUAUAUUAUGUGUUUGCGAACGCGGAAAGUUUUACGUGUAUAUGAUUAUUUGGUUUUGCCAAGAAUCGAUCUUUAUUAAAGUAAUAAAAAAAUAAUAAUUAAGAAAACAAAUUUGAAAAAUAUGUUGAUAGACAUAUGAUACACACACACUUGAUUUUUACGUGUUCGGUUAAAAACACUUCUAAAAAAUAAUUAUAAAUUAUUACUAUAUAAAGAUUAGCGGUGUGAUACCCGUAUGACAAGAUUUUUGUUUUUAAUUUUUGAAAAUUUUUUCGUUAGUUUAUUGUUUAUAUCUUAUACACGUAAAAUUUUAAAAAGCAUUUUCUACUAAACAGCAUUUCUGUAUAAAUGUAAUAAAAGCUAAUCUAUACAAUUACUACGGUUAAGCGACGAUUGUAUUUUUGUUUUUGGAUGGGUGAUUUUGUAUCGAUUUUUAGUGCUACGUUUAUUGUAGGUUCCGGUUAUAGAGUAAUAUGAUAUAGCAUGGCCAUUUUGUGGCCUUUGGCCAAAUUAAUCGACAGAUAUAUACCCCCAAUUUGGGGUAUGGGGCAAGCGUUUGUUUUUUUCUAACGUCUCUGCGAAAAUACACUCAAACUUCCAAGUGCCCUCUUUUUCGUAAGAUUAAUAAUAAUAAUUAUUCAUUCGGUUUCAGUUUCAAAAAAAAAAUUCAACUAAGUUCUUCUGCUAAGACUAAAUCAUCAUUUAAAUAGUUUCUAAGUUAAAAAAAUUAAAAACUUUUUAAACUUAUUUUUUUAAUGAUCCUCUUUUGUACGGUUCCACUGAGAUUAAUUGUGAAUAAAUUUAUAUAUCUAUACAAGGAAACGUCUGCCCCAUGCCCCAAAUGACCCCAUUGGGGCAACACAUCGAAGUUUAUGUCGAGGUAUAAAACCAAAUUUUUUGUUUUAAUUUGACCGUAGGGCAGAUUUCAAUACUUAAAAUUCAGUAAUAAAUAAUCAUGUUUUUCGAGAUGAUAAAUGUGUGUGUUUAAAAAUGUUGAUUCUAUUGAAAUAGCUCCUCAUAUUUAGUAUAUUAUAAAAAAAAUCACGAUGCCUGAUGAUGAUUUUACAUUUGACAAAUGACCUAAUAUAUGUUACAGUAUGUAAAAUUGUACUUUGAUAUUUCUUUUGAUAUAUCAACCGCUUUGUUGUCUGUGUGUGUAGUUUACUGAUGAUCAUAAAUCUUUCAAUUCGAUGCAUAAAAGUCAUUUACUAAGGUUUUUAAAAUCUACCUUUUAAAUAUUGCAUUACGUUAUUUUUAAUGAGUUUUAUGAUAAAUGCUUUGACGCAUCAGGUCAUUUGCUACUGUCUGUAAAUGUAUUUUAUAAUAAUUUUACACUGUAUAAUAAUUAUGAUCAAGCGAUUAAUACUUGGUUAAACCAUCAUACGGUUUACCGUAUUCCACCACAUCUCAAUGUAUCUAUGACAACUGCCAAAGUCUUAUAUGUCUGAUAUCAUAAUGACAAAUGUCAAUCUCUUAUAUGUCAUAAUUGAUUUCGCUUAUUGGCUACUGUCAGAAUUAUAAAUAUUGAGGUCUGCUUUGCUCUAAGCGACGUUUGUAUGUAUGACACCUUUAUGUAGAUAGCUUUGUCGCUUAGUUUAUAUAAAUUGUAAUAUAAGCAACUAUUGUAAUUGUCCUAUUUAAAAGAAAAUAUUUACCGGAUUAAAACGCGGAUUUUAAGUUUUAUAUGUAGAUGUGUGACCAUGCAUGUCCAAUAUCACGUGAUGACAAAGAACUUGUUAGUUUAUCUGCAUUGAAUUGGAAACCCAGUUAGUGACCAUGUGUAUUUCAAUAUAAGAUUACCCCAGUUAGUUAAAAGUAGUGACAGUAGUUGACAAUUUCAACCGUUUUAAUCCGGUAAAAUAGUAUUGUGAUUUUUGUAUUUAAUUGGAAUUUAAUGUUCUCGUUUAAGUUGUUAAAAACAGCUUUGUGUAAUUUAAAUUCGAGUUAAUUAUCGCAUAAUCAAGAAAUCCUUUAUACAUCAACUAACCAGAGACAAGAGAUUAAUACUCCAUGUCUACAAUAUUGUAAUAGUACACUAAACUAAAACUGGUUAUAUACUAGAGCGAGCAAUCAUUCUGUAACUGGCAAUCCUUGGGCGGGCAAUAGACUAUACUGAGGCAGGCAAUAAGCCCUUCGCUCUAACCAGAGCCUGGUGGCGACAAAAAGACUCCUAUUAAUUUAUUUUUCUGGUAAGCUGACGAAUGAAGGAUCCCGGAUUCAAAAGAGAAUCUCACCGCAAUGUAGUCUUGAGUAGAAACUAGAUUUUCCGAUUAGUAACAAUACGGUAUUAAUUUCUGUAUUUGAUGCGUUGUGUGUAUUACAACUUAUAUGUUAGAUAUUGUCAAUGACGAUUCUAAUACGAUAGAGGUGGGGAAACUGACAGAUGUCAGAUGGCGAUUUUAAUAUUCUACGAAAGUAAAUUUUCAAAGACACACGACGUUUAUUGGUACAAUAAAAGCUUCAAAUUGGAUCUUAGGUCAUUGGUUUAUGUCAACAUUGACAGAUGACUAGUAACAGCGAGAAACCAAAGUCUUCUGCAAAUGUAGUUUCCCAGACACCUAAAGAUUUUUAGUAGAAUAACUCAAGCUUCAAAUCGGAAUUUGAUUCUUAUCCAUGAACGACCCGUCAACACUAACAGCUGACAUUGUUAACCCACCUCUAUUCGCCGGUUUGCAUUUAAUGUUAUUAGCUUGCUCGAUGCAACGUCAGUUUAAUAUUUAAUAUUAUGUAUAGUUAUGAAUAAAAGGAUUUUUAAUU